UGCAUUCAAAAGUCGUUCAGCCGGCAUCGCGGCGUGAAUCGUGCGUGCUCAUCGAGGGCAUUUAACUCAGUGUGAAAAUGCGGUGGGUAUAUGCUUUAAUUUUAGGAGUUAUUCUGUUUUCUAGUACUUGCCUUGCUGAAGAAGGAGAUGAACCUACGGUUGAUCCAGAUAUUGGUAGCAGUCGAGAAGGUUCCAGGACCGACGAUGAAGUUGUACAAAGGGAGGAGGAGGCUAUCAAAAUUGAUGGACUUAACGUAGCCCAAAUUAAAGAAUUGAGAGAAAAGGCUGAAAAAUUUACAUUCCAAGCGGAGGUAAAUCGUAUGAUGAAACUAAUUAUAAAUUCCCUAUACCGUAAUAAGGAAAUUUUCCUGCGAGAACUUAUUUCUAAUGCAUCUGAUGCUCUCGACAAAAUUCGAGUGAUUUCCCUUACAGACAGAGCUGCACUUUCAGCAACAGAAGAUCUUUCCAUCCGAAUUAAAAGUGAUAAAGAAAAUAAUGUGCUCCAUGUUACAGAUACUGGUAUUGGUAUGACAAAAGAAGAGCUUAUUAAUAACUUGGGAACUAUAGCUAAAUCUGGCACAUCCGAUUUCCUUCAGAAGGUUGCUGAAACUCAGAGUGCUGCAGAGUUAAGUGACAUGAUAGGACAAUUUGGUGUAGGCUUCUAUUCAUCAUUUUUAGUUGCAGACCGAGUUGUCGUUACAAGCAAGCACAACGACGAUAAACAGUACAUCUGGGAAUCUGAUGCUAAUUCCUUCAAUAUAAUCGAAGAUCCUAGAGGUGAUACUUUAUUACGUGGUACUACUGUCAGUUUGUAUCUGAAAGAAGAAGCUAGAGAUUUCCUCGAAGAAGACACCCUCCGAAAUUUGAUCAAAAAGUACAGUCAGUUUAUUAAUUUUCCCAUUUAUUUGUGGGCUAGCAAAACAGAAACUGUAGAAGAACCUAUCGAAGAAGAGGAAGAAGCAGAAAAACCUGAAGCAGCUGCUGAUGAAGAUGAAGAUGCGAAAAUUGAGGAAGAAAAGGAAGACAAGCCUAAAACGAAAAAAGUAGAAAAAACUGUCUGGGACUGGGAAUUGAUUAAUGCAUCGAAACCAAUUUGGACAAGAAAACCAGCAGACAUAACUGAUGAUGAAUAUAAUGAAUUUUAUAAAUCAAUAACUAAAGAUUCUUUGAAUCCUUUAGCAAAAACUCAUUUCAUUGCAGAAGGAGAAGUUACCUUUAAAUCAUUAUUAUUUAUCCCAAGUGUUCAGCCAUCGGAGUCUUUUAACAGAUACGGCUCUAAAGUGGAUCACAUUAAGCUCUAUGUUCGCCGAGUCUUUAUAACAGACGACUUCCAAGACAUGAUGCCAAACUACUUAAGUUUUGUCAAAGGUGUUGUGGAUUCUGACGAUUUACCUUUGAAUGUGUCUCGAGAAACCUUGCAGCAGCACAAACUUUUGAAAGUGAUAAAAAAGAAAUUGGUCAGAAAAACCUUGGACAUGAUUAAAAAGAUACCUAAAGAAGAUUAUGAAAAAUUCUGGAAGGAAUACAGUACUAAUAUCAAGCUUGGUGUUAUUGAAGAUCCUAGUAACAGAACGAGAUUAGCCAAAUUGGUCAGAUUCCUUUCUUCUCAUGAUACAAAGAAUUAUACAUCAUUAUCAGAGUAUGUGGAGAGAAUGAAAGAGAAACAAGAACAUAUAUAUUAUAUGGCUGGUGCAUCUCUAGAUGAAGUGGAAAAGUCUCCAUUUGUUGAACGUCUUUUAAAGAAAGGGUAUGAAGUUUUAUAUCUUACUGAGCCAGUUGAUGAAUAUGCUAUCUCAGCUUUACCAGAAUUUGAAGGCAAAAAAUUCCAAAAUGUUGCUAAAGAUGGAUUACGAUUAGAUGAGGGAGAAAAAGCUAAAGAAUUACAAGAAACUCUGAAUAAGGAAUAUGAACCUUUAAUAAAGUGGCUUGAAGAUGAUGCUCUUAAAGACAAAAUUACAAAAGCUACAGUGUCUCAACGUUUACAUUCUUCUCCUUGUGCAUUAGUUGCCAGCCAGUUUGGUUGGACUGGUAAUAUGGAAAGAUUAGCCAGAAGUAAUGCUCACAGCAAAUUACAAGAUACAACACGUGAGUAUUACUUGAGUCAGAAGAAGACUCUAGAAAUUAAUCCAAGACAUCCUCUGAUGAAAGAACUUCUGCGAAGGAUCCAGUCGGAUAAAUCGGAUGCAACUGCCCGUAACAUGGCAAAUAUAAUGUUUGAAACGGCAACUCUGAGGUCUGGUUUCAUGUUGCAAGAUACAUCUAGUUUUGCGCAAAGAGUCGAAGUUCUUUUGCGUAAGACGCUAGGUGUACCUGAAGAUGCCCAAGUGGAAGAAGAACCAGAACUGUCCGAAGAUGUUGAAGACGAUCAGAGAACUGAUGGUGCUGAUGAUCAGGAUGAUGAAGACCAAGACCACGAAGAACAUGACGAACUAUGAAAUUGAAAUUUAGUCAUUAUGUAAUAUAUAGCUGACUUUAUUACAAUUUGGGAAAUGAACCGAGGUGAUCAUCAUUUUUUCCAUUAGGUCACGUUAUUUUCAAAUAUUUGUAUGGACUAGUUCAAAUCAUUGUGCACUUCUACUUGUGUUUUCUCCAUUUUGUAAGAAUAUCAUCAUUUGGAUACAGACAAUAUUUAUACUGUUGAGUCUUGCCAUGUAAGUUUUGUUUGUUACAUUUUAAAAGAUAUAAAAUAAAAUGCAAUAAAUUCUUAAUUAUUGUCUUUAAAAGUAUUUGUAAUUAAUGAUUUCUAAUGUCUUACAAUUGUGGUAAGGAGAAGGAAGAAAAAUGAAUACUUAAACUUUUUUAAAAUGUAAUUUUAAUUAUUUUCUUUAGUAUGUAAGGAAUUGUGCAAAUUACUUAAUAUUGUAUGAGAUGUCUAAGUGUUUUUAGAAAAAUUGCUUUUUGUAGUUUAAAAUUAAUUUUGCAUAUUUUUCUUUAAAAUAGAAAUUGCUUAUUUCAUAAUCUUUUCAAGUUAUUAAAUGUAAGUAGUAAAAUAUUAGAUUUAUGUUGAAUUAUAGCAUUUUAAUUGUAAAUCAUAUUUUCCAACAUUUUAUAUCUUUAAUGGUUGUGAUAUUUAUUAGUUAUGUAGCAAGUUUGGGGAAGCAAAAUUUGGAUAUUAAAUAUCUAAACUAAUGGGGCUAAUUUAAAUCUUCAGUUUCUAGUAGUUACUUAAAAUUCAUUUAUGCAAUAUUUAUAACAUUAAAAAAAAAAACCCACUUUGUUAUAUGCUUAAUUAAGAUGUUUUAAGAAUAACUUAAAUCUAACAUCUUUGGAAAAAAUAUUGUGCUGAAAUUUCUAAUGUAUGAACUCUACAAUAAAGCAGUUGCAUUUUGUAA